UGGUACUUAACAAAAUGGCGGAUAAUUCAAGCGUACCGCCGAUUUGGUGUGAUGUCGGUAAGAACUUCAAUGCUACUUAUUUAGUGGUUAGUUUGGGACAUACUGCGAGAAGGAAAUGCGCUAAUAGUGGUGAUUUAAAGAAAGAGGUUAAAAUUUGUCCGCAACAUUUGGAGAUCAACAGUCACGUGGUCAGCGUAGAUACUAUGGACAAGAUACAUGGCGAUAACGUUUCUGUGCAUUUUCCUGGUAGGUGUGUGCUUGUCUACAAGUAAAUAUAUUGCAAAGCUACCCAAGUGUCAUAAUUAAUAAUUGACCGAGAAAUGUUUGUCGAGCUUAGAGCAAUGUUAGCUAGGAGAAAAUUUCGUCUAGAUGAACUUAACGACCGUGUGCUCCGCAAAGUACAGGGAACUGUGCGAUGGAGCUAUACAAAUAUUUUCCCAUUUUUUCGGUCUUCUUAUCCAUUGUGGUGGCCAAAUCGGUCGAUAAAAUAUGUAUGAUGCAGCCUGCAGACUACAGAUUGGGUACAAAAUGCAGACUGAGAACGAAUAUCAUUCUUUUCAGAGUCAAAUCUAGAAAUGUGAUAAUAAUUUAUAACCUGCCCAAUUUACUGCCCAUUAUAGAACAAUCACUCGUAUUAUUUGCUGAUUGGUGAUUUAAUUGGUUCAUUUGGUGGAAAACUGAUCUAUGGCUAAGGAAUUGAGGUGAAAUACUCUAAACUCAUGUUAAAGAAUGUGGCGAAAUCUUUCAAUGUCAGUUCAGAUCUGAUCAUGCUACAGUGUAUUAAGCCACAAGUAUCCUCAAAUGCAAUAAUGGGAUGAUGGGAAGGGAUAGGUAUUAUAAGGUGUAUUUGACCCUCUGAUAUGGUGGCAUCCAUUUCUCUUGAUUGAUGAGGUUGUAGCUUUGGCUCGGGCAGGACAAUAUGGAGACCUUGUGCUGUUCUCUAGAUAUAUGUUAGUAGUCUCCUCUUUCUGUUGCUGGUAGGAUCAGAAAGAAGGAUGAGGAUGAAUCAAUACAGAUUGGUUCCAGCACAGGUAUUGUAGGUAGCAGAAGACGAAAACAGUCUGCCAUCCCCUAGUCAAAAGGACUUCCCACUUUCUGUUUGGGCCUACAGCCUCUCUCAUUUCCAAGGGAACACACAAGAUGAACACAUAUUGAUAUUAGGGUGUAAAUGGUCGAUCGGUCUCUGCCUAUUUUCCAGACAAGGUGUCCUACAUGUAGUAACAUAACUUGGUAUUAUCAACUGAGUUAAUAACAUAAAUUGGACGCCUCUCUGAUGAAGGACCAACACCUGAAACAUUUUCAUUCAAACUCUUCACAGUGGACAAUUUACUUUGUUGACUCAUUUAAUAAUACCAAAUUACAUUUAACUGAACUCCAUUUUAACUUACAAGAUGCACCCUAAAUAGUUUCUUUCAGUGUGAUACCCAGGAGUGUAAGUGGCCUUUCAACAUGUGGGAAAAAUGAGAUUCAAAUGAGGCUUGGAUUUGAACAUCAAACAUGUCAUGAAUCACAAGAGGGAUUUACAAAGAGAAUUUUGAAGGAGGAAUUAAGAGAAUUGAGGAAGGGCUGUCACAGUGUUUGUUGCCGCAUGUGUGGUGCAUCCAUUCUUUCUCCAGAAAUGUAAGCUUUACUGGACUUUUGCACAAGGCAAUCGUACAUGUAAAUAUCAUUCAGGUUUUGCAAACAUGUUUUUCAUGGUCAUUAUAAUCAACAGACAGCAGAUUGCAGACUUUCAGACCAUGAUUAAAUAUUGAAGCUUAUACAGGCUAGACAUACAUGUACACUGUAGAAGAGCCACCACAGAGAAAUAUGUGAAACAUAGAUUGUACUGUAUUUGUACAUGUAACUUUCUCAAAAGUCAAAUUGUAACUUUAAUUCCUCUUUAAAAUGUAUUCCUCAUGUUCAGCUGUCUUAUUACAACACCACCCCCCUACCAAAGAUAACCUCUAUCUUUGGGAAUGUCUAGCAUGUGACCUUAUGGUGGAAACAUUGGACUACCCAUUCUGAAAUUGGAACCAGUACUGCCAACUAUGAUAACGUACAAAUAAGUGCAAUUAAUUUCAUUUGACAGGUUCUGUAAAGUCAUUAAACUAUAUGUCCCAGAUAAUAAGUGUAGCAUGCUAUGAUUCAAAGAUCUUUGUGGCAGGCCAUAUUUCACAGUACUGCCAGCUAAAUUCAAAAGUUUCUCUAAAUCAAAAUCUUUCCAAUUUGAACUCCAGAUAUGAAAUAGAUUUCUUACCAUUCUCAUUUUCUUGGUUCAUACUGUAAGAUACAGAAUUUAGUAUUUUCCACUCAGAUUUAUGUUUUGUGCUCAGGCCAUAAAUCUGAGCUGAAGGAUCUCUGUUAGUAAAAAAGGGUGUAUUAAUUGGUAAGUUUGAAGCAAAGGGUCAUUUCAUAGGUUUAUUACAAAGGGUUUAUCCUAGUUUCAGCUGCAGAAAGUUACUGAAAUUAUUAAAUAAAAAAUUGCUAUUCUAACCUGAAUGGAAUGCAAGUCCAUUGCAAAGUUAUUCCUCAGCAAUUUAUCAGGUUUCCUUUAACAUUUUCCUGCCCCCAUUUAUACUUCUGUGUGAUGGGAGGCACAAUAAGAGAGUUAAAAGUCUUGCCCAAGAACAAAACACUGAAGUGACUCAGCCAAGGCUCUAACCCCUGCUUUCCGUAUGGAACACAUUCUGUUAAUAAAUAUGCCUCUGCAUCUCCCAACUUUUAAAUAUCAUUGAUUUUCAUCUUUGUUUUUUUAAGACAGUUUGACAGAGUUCUUGAGUUGCCUUCUGAAAACUGGCUCAAACUUGCUCAGGACUGGUGUUGUCAUGGAACAAGUCAUCUAACAUCUGCUUCAGGGGUUCUUGAACCAGGUGAAAAGGACUGCUUUGUCGGAGAAUACUACAUCAAAGUGCACCCUUCAACUAUGGAACCUGGAAGACUGCAGUUUGCACCAGUAAGGAUUGAUGAAGAUCAUAUUUUUAUGGUGUUUGAUACUUUUUUCUGCAAAUGUUGCAGCAUGGUCAGUGGCUGGGGGAAGGCUUUGAUUGUUCUUAAGUAGUGUAGAAAUGUGAAAUUGUUUGCUUUUUCAAAGGGCAAUGAAGAUCAAGUUAUAGAGUGUUGCAGAUGCAAAACCACUCUGGGAUGUAUUCAUGCAGAUUCUGUGGUGAUGGAUCUUAGUGAUGUAGAAUCCAGCAUUUAUCUUUACAAGCACACUGUUAGCCUACGAUUCAGUAACUUGUUCAGGUACAGCAUUUUCCAAACUUUUUAUUGGGCUUGUUUUAAGUCAUAAUUUAUGUAUUCUUUCACCUGAUCAAUCCUGGAAAUCUGAAGAUUCAACAGUUAAGACCAUGACUGACUCAGCAGACAGAUAAUGUAAUUCUAGCCAGAACUUGUGUUGGUGGGUGACCGUGUGGUUAAUAAAUUGGGGGCUGUGUUAGCACUGAAAGACCACAUAAAUUUACAUCUACCUAUGAAAAAGUUCAACAACCUUACAAUUUUUGCACUAAAUUAAAUGAACACAGAUGAAACAUUACAGAAGUUUUUUUUUCUUUUUCAGGACAUAUUGCAUGGAAACAUUUCUCUCAAGUUGCUUGACUUCCAAAUCACAAGGCACUGCAAACUUUCGAUUUUUAAUUCAAGAAUCCAAGCAGAAUGGUGGGAUACAAACACAUGCCUGUGUAAGUCUUGACUGUAUUGUUUUCUAUUACCAGAGGGUUGUCAUUUAGUAGUCUUCAAAGAGACUGUUUUGUUUAGAGGGGGCAGAUAUUCAGAGUACAGUAUUUCAGCUCAUUUCUUUCAGACAGCCGUAGGUAAUUUUCCACCAAGUCAGCAAACAAUAUGAGUGAUUGUAAAGUGAUUGUUCAACAAUAGGCAGUAAAUUGGGCAGGUUAUAAAAUGCUAUCACAUUUCUACUGUAAGUUUGACUGACUUGGAUAAUAUUUUGUUCUCAGUCUGCACUUCAUACCCAAUCUGUAGUCUGCUGGCUGCAUUGUACAUUAAGAGUGACAAGCAACUUUUCUCCUUGAAGUUUCACUGCUGAUUCAAACAUUAAGGUCAUCCAUGAGAAUUAAAGAAAUGAUUUGCCAACUAAAGGAGCUCUUGACUGUUAAACAAAUUCACCAUGUUGGUACCAUGAGAAAUGUACAGAGAACAGUAUGGGGAAUAUGCACACUGAUGUUAGGGCGUAGAGGGUUAAGGUGGAAAAUUGACUAAGGUGCUUAGUACUAACAUUUUAUUCUACCACAUACUCACAAUGUCUUGUCUUGUCAAUGGCAAUAUAAACCUACAUGUAAGUAUUCUCUCUAUGCUAUGUGUGCAUACAGUUUGAUAUAUCAAAGAAGUUAGACGGCAUUUAUACCUUAAAAAGCCUUAUUAGCUGAGGCUUUCACUGAUAAUUUAAAACUCAGGUAUGCCUGAUUCCCAAGGUGUUCAUAUUUCUGCUCAAUAUCUUAAGAUGUUAUACAUCAGUCAGUCGAUAAUCAUCUUCUUCAGCACAGUGAUGGAUUGCUCCCCAUCUUGAGAGGACUUGCCUCUGCCAUGCAGCCACUGUUUCUUAAAGCAAACCAGCAGAUUCCAUUGACACAUCUAAAGAAAUGGGGCAUCAGAAUUAUGUAAUGCUGAAAAUAUUAACUGGUUCUACGCUAGAACAAUUGUCAGAUAUUGGAAAAAUUACACUUUCGCUUGUUUAAUUGAUACCCCAUUCUCAUUUUAUUUUCUUUUUUCUCAGCUUUGGCUUUUUAAUGCUGAUGCUGCGAUGAUAACGAAUAUCGAACCUGGAACUUUAUAUGGUUGUUACAGUAAAACUGGCCUUUUUUCUGUUCGCAAUACAGGUAUUGACUUUCUUUUUAACUUUUUUAGUCUCUUUUUAAGAUUUGUGUCCGUACCAAGUUAGCUGUUGGCUUUACAUGUACAACUAAAUUUGUGUUGUGCUAAUAAAUCCAGUCUCUAAGUUUUUGUUACUCUCUGUUUACAGCCAGAUACCUGCAGGUGGUGAAAAUUCUUUACAAACUUAAGCCACCCCUAGGCACUGAUUGGUAAGUUGAUAUGUUCUCUGUGCUAAUUAAAAGUAAGGGCACUAUUUCUAAGGAAGCUGGAAAGAACAUCUCACCGAGAACUGAUUAUUUUAUUAAUUUUUUCUUUUGUCUUUUUUAAGAUUUUUGUCCGUACCAAGUUAGUUGUUGGCGAUAAAUGUACACCUAACUUUGUGUUGCGCUAAGAAAUCUAGUCUCUUAUUGCUGUGUUCCUUUCUCUGCAAAAUUAAUAAUGAACAGGGAACACGAGGUAGAUUCUUGGCGGAACAACCCCACGGUUCAACUGUUAACAUUUCCAAGGGAAACUUGUCUGCAUCUUAUUCUUUUGCUUAUGAAGAGUACAACGGCAGUAGCACCUACCAUGCGAGAAAUAAAUGGAUUUAAGGUACACUAU